UGUGUAUCGGAAAACCGGGUAAUUCGAAACGGAGCUUUUAGUGUUGAUUAGGCCGUUCAGUAUGUCAUUCAAAUGACAAACAUAACGAAUUUGUUAGUUAUAUUUUAAGAUAAAUUAUGGAUAUGAUUUUAACAGUGUGUUUAUGGAUUAUGACAAUGCCUGCAGCAACAGGACAAGAGCUUUAUAGAAUGGGUAUUCUACACCAGGGAACUUCCAAGUUGGUUGUUGAAAAUUUCACGGUUGGAGAGUAUAACUCCACCUUUCUCUGGUAUGGUGUUGACAUGCUGGAGCCCUUUCAACUUCAAAAAGCAGUGAACAAUUUUGAAGCGCAUGAUACACCAGAUGUCAUAAUUGUCCUUAAUGACGAACACCACGAAGCAGUUGAUACCUCUCUACUGUACUCAAAAACACCGUUAAUCCAUUGGGGUAGACGACCACUCUUUUCGCCCAGACAUGUUGAAGAAGACGUUACUAAAGGACAGGGUUUGUGCGAUCAACUUAAUGAGGAAAUAUCUGAUCAAACCACCCCAUUCUGCUACACUGAUGCGCAACUUGCCUAUCGCAAGCAGGAAAUCAACAACGACACGCUAGUCAUUGAAGAAAUUGAGGUUAGAGUGCCGAUUGUUGUGAGCAACAUCAUCGUCCAGGCCUUAAAGUGGCAGUCGGUCUUCAUAUUUUACGAUACAUCAACAUUACAAGACGUGAGUGACCUUGUGGAUGAGCUUUCAAAGAAUGCGGUCAAGGUCAUAACAUUUAACGUCGACAAAAUCUUGGAUAUGACAGAUGUACUUCUCCGCGCGUAUAGCACCGUAAAGUCGGCUGAAUCGCACGUCAACUUUGCAGUUUUGUGCAGAUAUAACUGCAUCCGUAGAGUUUUAUACAGGGCGAACACGUUUGAUCAGGACAACGGUAAGAUGAAGUCCCUUUUGAAAAUGUUUUCUCGUUGGCUUGUCGCUGCUUACGAACACAACGUAGAUACCAUAGAGACCAUGAUAUCAUGUGCCUCCAACAUUGAUAAUUUGGCCGUUAUCGCAUUUCCAGAAAUCACCACAUCAACAUCAAUAAAAGAGUCACUGAAUUCAACAUUAACUACCUUUUUCACCGACCAAGCAAUCGAUGAGAGUUUAUAUCCUGAUGGCAUAGACGUACAAAGACCCAAUUCAUCAACUAAGCGGAAGGAAGCACUAAUUAACAGUUUACAUAAGGGUUCAGGUACUUGGUAUCGCGAAAGCCAGUGCGCAGCCUUACGAAUUGACACCCUGAUGUGGACACCCAAGGGGCGGGGUUUCAGUCAUGUGGGCUAUGUUAAUUGCCGAAGUUACGAUGAGACAAGUAAUUGGUCACUAGCAGACAUAGUUAUAUUGUCAGACGUGUUUCCUAACAUACAUUUCGCUUACAAUAAACGUCAGUUUCUGGUGUCCACACUUCAUUACGAACCAUUUGUGAAGAAAACGGUGGUAAACGGGACAGCGAAGUUUAGUGGCAUCUGUAUGGAUCUACUUGAAGAACUUGCCAAGACCUUAAAUUUUACGUAUAAUUUGACGGAACCUGAUGACCAAAAGUGGGGUUCAACAGAGGACAGAAUCAACCCACAAUUUAAUGGUAUGAUCGGCCAACUGCAAAGAGAGGAGGUUGACAUCGUCGCAGCAGACAUUUCUAUUCAGAAGGAGAGAGAAAUGGUCAUGGACUUCAUGUUUCCGUUUUUUUACGGAUCGACGUCAGUCGUCAUCAAGAAGCCGGACCCAAACAGGCGAAAAUGGAGAACACUUGUUGACCCAUUUAAAAGCGAAGUUCUUGCCUUUAUUGGUAUCGUACUGAUUGCUGCAUCUGUGAUUGGAUUUCUGUUUGAAAAGUUUAACCCGUUUUAUUGCAAUCCUGACAACGCCCGCCUUCGGUCAGAGACCUAUGGACUACAUACAAUACAUGAUGCGUUCUGGUACAUGUAUGGCGCAUUGCUUUCACAGGGUGGAGUCAAUCUGCCAGAAUCUAAUGCAGGACGAACAUUUGUCAGUUGCUGGUGGUUGUUCUGCAUUGUUAUCGUUGCCACGUACUGUGGGAACCUCAUAGCCUUUCUGACCGUCUCGAAGGAUCCACCACCAUUUAACACUCUAGAAGAAAUGGCAAAGUUCAAGGACGAGUAUAGAUGGGGCAUUCAGGCUGGCACUCACUGGGAGAUUGUUUUCAAGACAUCGACGAGGAAAGAAUUUCGGGCAAUCGGCGACGCAUGGAUGGAGUUCAACAAGACUGAUCCCGACGUUAUAUCGACGGACGUCGACGUUCAUAUGGCAAAGGUCAAAGAGGGAUUCUAUGGUUGGAUAGGUGACACUGUUGUGAUCGAAAUGGCACUAACAAAGGACUGUGACCUGCUUAUGAUAAAAGAACGAUUCUUGCCUCUGAAAUACGCCUUCGGAUUUACAAACAACUCCCCACAUGCGCAGAUAUUCUCCAAACAGAUGUUGUCUAUCCACGAGUCAGGUUUGUUACAAGUUUGGAAGAGACGGUGGUGGCCGAAGUCUAAGAUCAUAUGCCCGGGCUCUAUUGUGACAGAGGCUAAACCGAUAUCGAUCAUUGACGUACAGAGUGCUUUCUACGUCGCUGCUGGAGGUGCACUUCUUGGACUACUUGCUUUUCUAACGGAAUUGUUGGUAGUUCGCAUUCAGAAAUAUAUCCAGUCCAAAAAUCCAAAGCCGACACGAAGUUCUUGCGAACCCAUUCGAGUUGUUCAACAAGACUACAAUUAGUUUCAUCUUUCCUGAUACUUAAAACAAUGUUCGUGCCGUCUUUGAAUAACGAAAAAAAAACAACAACGUUUCAAUAUAUCGUACAUGCGUUUUGUUAUAUUUGUUAUAAUAGGUCCCAUCAAUUAUGCGUCAUUACAAGCAGUAAAACCCCGUUGACUCGAGCUCGCUUGAUUCGAAUACCUCGUUGGCUCGAACUAAAUGUAAAUGACCGAUUUCUGUAAACGGAAGGUAAACAUUUCUGCUUGGCUCGAGUUUUCAGAGGCUCGAAGAAUUUUCGCCAGUCCCUUGGAUUUCGAGCCAAAAGGGUUCAACUGUAUGUAUGCGUGCAAUUCAGCGGAUUAUAUGAUUAAACUGUGCGACGUACUCGUCACGAUGAUGUAUAACAAACAUAAAUACUGAGUGAUAAACCUUUAACUACUUACUAAAUAAUGCAUUUAUGGAAAAUAUUAAUUACCGAUAUCGCGAUUGUAACCGUUUGUUUAAUAGCUGAAAACACCAGGUUAUUAAAAGAUUGGUGAGUGCUAAAAGAUUUACU